AUGUCAGACCUAGAAGAGAAAGCCCUCCUCACAUCACCUUUCAAGCCUAUGUGCUGGUAUCGGAAGGUGGACGACACAUUUGUGGUUCUGAAACCCGACAACGACCCUGCUGAGCUGCUACACCACCUGAACAAGCAACAUCCAAGAGUUAAAUUUACCACGGAGACUGAAACCAACAACCAGAUCCCAUUCCUAUACGUCCUUGUAUCCCGCACCGAUUCCAACCAACUUCAGUCAUCUGUAUACCGGAAACCUACUCACACCAACCAGUAUGUCCACUAUCAGUCCAACCACCCUCCACGAGUGAAGUCAGGCAUCAUCUCCACGCUUACCAGAAGAGCUAACAACAUCUGUUCUACGAAUCUCCAUGACGAAAUCAACCACCUGAAAGAAGUAUUUGUCAGCCUUAACCACUACCCACCCCAGUUAGUGAACAGGACAAUUGCAGCUACAUUAUCACCAUCUACUACUAAAAUUCCUCUACCUGAAUCUGCCCCUAUAAAGAUCUCCAUCCCAUACAUCGGCAAACCUUCCCACCAGAUCAGCAGGCUCCUUAAGCAACAAGCAGGCAUAGACACCACCUUUUCAACUGCCGCCACCAUCAACAACCUCCUGCAGGCCAAUGGCAGAAAAUACCCACAAACCAAGAAACCCAACCCCAAAGGCGUAAUCUACAAAAUUGACUGCAAUUGUGGACACUCAUACAUAGGAGAAACAUCCAGGCCCGUCAACACCAGAAUCAAGGAACAUCAGACCUCAACCAUCAAAUCAGACCAGAAAUCAGCCAUAUCAGACCACAUAGCAACUCAUCCCAAUCACCAAAUCAACUGGACUGACUUCACCAUCCUCGCUACAAACCAAUCAGACUUUACCAAACGCAAGAUAACUGAAGGAAUUAACAUCAAACGAUACCGACCACUGAUUAAUAGAGAUCAAGGCUACUUUAUCCCCACUGCAUACAAUGAGCUCAUCAAUCACCCCUUGUCUCUUGUAUAA